AUGGCCACCCCAUUCGACGGCUUCAAGUUCGAGUCCAUCCGGGAGAGCCAGAUCAGCAGGGCGAUGACCCAGCGCUACUUCCAGGACCUGCAUGACCACGCGGAGGUGGACGUGGUGAUUGUGGGUGCGGGCUCCGCGGGCCUCAGCUGCGCCUACGAGCUGAGCAAGUACCCCGACCUGCGGGUGGCCAUCAUUGAGCAGGGCGUGGCGCCCGGCGGCGGCGCCUGGCUGGGCGGCCAGCUCUUCAGCGCCAUGUGCAUCCGCAAGCCAGCCCACAAGCUGAUGGACGAGCUGGAGGUGCCCUACGACGAUGAGGGCAGCUUUGUGGUGGUCAAGCACGCCGCCCUCAUGACCUCCACCCUGCUCUCCAAGGUGCUGGCGGCGCCCAACAUCAAGCUGUUCAAUGCCACGGCAGCUGAGGAUUUGAUCGUGAAGCAGGACGAGACGCGCGGCAAAUAUGUUGCGGGCGCUGUCACCAACUGGACUCUGGUGAGCCUCAACCACGACACGCAAAUGUGCAUGGAUCCAAAUGUGAUUGAGGCCAAGGUCAUGGUGUCGUCCUGCGGCCACGACGGGCCCAUGGGCGCCGCGGGCGUGAAGCGCCUGGCCCGCCUGGGCAUGGUUGAGAAGACCCCCGGCAUGGGCGCCCUGGACAUGAACUCUGCGGAGGAUGCUGUGGUGGACCGCACGCGCGAGAUUGUGCCGGGCAUGGUGAUCUGCGGGAUGGAGGUCGCGGAGCUGGAUGGCUGCCCCCGCAUGGGGCCCACCUUUGGCGCGAUGUUCAUGUCUGGCCAGAAGGCGGCGCACGUGGCGCUGAACUCUCUGCGCCGCCAGCAGGAGGCGGCCCAGGAGGCGGCCCAGGAGGAGAGCAAGGAGGAGGGCAAGCCGCUGGUAGCUGCCUGA